ACGGAACUGGAAGCCGUUAAUGCUGACUCGGGUGCCACAAACACAGAAGAUGAGGAUGUGGCCGAAGUCAUGCAGCCCGGUGUCAUGGUGGUCUCAAUGCAUGACCCGUGGUCCAAGGCACUCAUGUUGAAUGCAGUGCGCAACAUUAAUUGCGGUCAUCAUUAUGAACAUGAUUCAGUGCAGGCUAUUAUAAAAGACAACAUGGGUAUACGCUGUCCAGUAGUAGGUUGCGCAAGCAAAUCUUAUAUACAGCCGCAUCAUCUGGAACCCGAUAUGGCUUUGCGUGCGAAAAUUAGAGCCUAUAAAGCUGAACUGGAGUUUGCGGAAACAUUGUCAGAUGGAGAAAAUUAAAGAGAAAGCAUGUCCAGAAA